AUGAUGAAACCAUUCCUCUUCUUGGUUUCGCUCUGGUUCUUCGCAUUCGUUUGGAACGAAUAUAAACCGUUCCGGUUGAAUAAGAUGUUCGUCUCUUUGUCUCUCCCAGAGGACUACGCUCGAGACGUCACGUUUACGUUUUUUUCGCUCUUGGUACCGAUUGCCGUCGUCAUGAACGAACGAUUGAACGCGUUCGAACAACGACGGAGAAAGAUGGUCGACGACUCAGACGAAAACGGAAAGAACAAAACGCAGAUAUCAAAAGUCAAAGUGUUCAUCGCGUUGCAAGCGAUGAAGUUUUGGUACGUGUUUCGGAAAGUGCACGGAAACAUGCCGUGGGUGCUGUACCGCGAGAGGAAACUGGCGAUAGAGAGGGAGUUAGAGUCUGAGAUGAGGUCGUUCGAAGCGAAAGCGUUCGACGGGAAGAACAUGGGAAUGUGGUCGAAACAGAAGCAUAAAAAUGCGAGACGGUCGCUGGUUAUUUGGCGUCGGUCGAGAGAGGUGGUCAAUGGGUACGAGGAGAACGUGAAGAAAUUGGAACAGGAGGUGGAAGACGUAAAGUUUCCGGAAGAUAUGAUGGUAGGUGGCGAUAGAGAGAAUUGUUUGAGGAGGUACUUGUCGAGCACGAAAAACAGCUCGGACGUGUACGCGGCGAAGAGGAUGAUCGUGAACUCCAUGGACUGGAGAGAGAAGAUGAAGCCGCGAGAGUACUUGAGAAGGUGGACGAUGAAGGAGGAGGACGGGGGGAUGAGCGAGUUAGAGAAAAAGGUACACAAGGCGCAUCCGUGCAUGAGUGUCUACACGACGCACACGCCGUUAGGGAUUCCGGUGUGCUGCAUGCGCGUCGGGGACGCGUCGAAGAACAUGAUGACGAUGUCCGCCGCGGAGUAUAACAAGAAAAGCGGUAGAAGUAACAGUAUCAGCAGCAAAAGUUCUGGUAGCGAACACUCUUCUAUCGAUGCUCGAACAAUCGUUGAAGCCAAUUAUGGGAUGCUUUUUACGUAUUUAACGAACAUCGUGUUUCCGAGCUUGAAAACGCGAGACGCGGUGAUUGUCCACGACAAGUGCGUGGUUGUCAUCGACGCCUCGAAAGACAUCGCGUUGAAAUUCCGAGAUGGGAAACAAUUGAAAGCGAAACAACGCGUGGAAAUGUUCAAAAACAUGAUGAUUAUAUUCCGACAACAGUACCCAGAUUUGAUUUAUAAGUUCUACGUCGUCAACGCGAGUUUGAACGUCAGAGUCUUUUGGCACGCCGUCAGCGGUUUCUUAGACAGUCAAAUGCGCAAGAAAGUCACCAUGUUCGGACGUAUCACCGGUGAAAAAAAAUCGAAAGCCGCGUUCGAGGAAAUCGUUGACGUUUUUGGUGGCAUCGAUCGAACCCCGACGUUUCUCGGCGGCACGUGCGAACGAAAGUUGAGCGAGUGUGGCCCGUGGGUAGUGAAAGACUUACACUCGGACAACGCGUUCAGAGGUUGGGAAAGAGAAGACGAAGUGGACGAGAAGAAACAGAAGAAGAAACCAAACGCUUCGCCGUUACGCGUUACUGGAAGCUUCAUUUAUCGCGGCGCGAAAAAAGUAGCGAGCUUUACCGAGUCACAACCGACGGAUUUAUCCGCCGUCGCCAAAGAACGAAGAGCGAGCUACAUUCGCGAACACACGGUAUGA